AUGUUAGAAAAAAAGUUUGCUGACAUUGACAAAAAAUUUGAGAAUGUUUUAAAUAAGAACAAGAGGAAGUUGGAAAAUGCUCAGAUAAAACCCAUACAUGACAAGUUCUUAUUUGCUCAGAAUGGUAUAACAGGUCUAAUUGCACCACCUGGGUCGGGUAAGACUUUCACUUAUCUUAAAAUGGCUGCACAACAACAAGAACUAGAUGAGAAGAACCCAUUCUAUGAGUUAGUUGUCAUUUGUAGUACUUCUGGUCAAUUUGACCAAACCGUCAAUUCGUUCAAAGAUAUUAUAAAGAAGUCUAAGUUAGUAUGUAUAAAGGAUACUGAGUUGUUAGAUUGGAUAAAGAAGUACCAAAGAAGAGUUUUGAAGUAUAAUGCUAUAAAUGAGUAUGUCAAUUCGAAGUUUAAAGACCCAAAUGAGGAAAUGCAGAGAAUAUUAGAGAAGAAACACUUCAGAAACAAACAGAAAGAGAUAGAAUACAUUUCGAAGAAAUUGCAAUCUUACGAUUGGAAGACUUACCCUCAUAGGUGUCUUCUUAUCUUAGAUGAUUUCGCCUCUCAUCCUUUGUUAA